UAAAAAUAACUUUUUAAAAAUAUUUUUUUCAUUUUUAAAAUAUUGUAUUGAUUUUUUUAUAUAUAACCUUAUUCUCCUAAAAUUACAACUAUUUUGCAUUAGAUAACAACUUUUUUUGUCUAAUAGUUUGACUUUAUUUUCCUAAAAUGAUUGCUGAAUUUUCCAUUUUUGCUGGUGUUUUUUAAAUUGAUUUUAGUUUUCUUUUUAAAUUAUGUUUUUAAAAUGUGGGGCCAAUAAAAAUACAGCUGCGGGCCCCGGCCCUAGAUAGACCCUAUGUUCCCAACUUCCCAAAGUAGAAUACGCAAAUAGUCAUGAGGGGUAUGAGAAGAAAAAUGAAAAACAGCGUGACUUGGUGGCUGAAAGCCAGAGUUACGCAGUGCACUUGAAUGCCUCAUCAUGUGAACUGCAAGAGUAGGGGGUACAUCAGGUCAGACGUCUGAAGAGGUACGGGACUGUGAAAAGUUUGGGAAACACUGCUAAAGUUUAUGAAUAAUUUAGAACCUUUUGUCCAAAAUGCAAAAUGAUAAUGAACCAAUCAUGUACUGUAUGAAUAAGUCUUUUGACACUUGAAAUGAUACCCAUUUAGCAACUAAAAGCACCAGCUUACACUCAAAAUGUUGACAGGGUAUGAAUAGUUUGGGGAUUAUUUGUAUGUUAUUGUUAUUGUUAUUGAAUAUUCGGCAAUAUAUCGGAAUAUUCUUAAGUCUGCUUUAUUGACGGCUAAGUCUCCUCUUGCUUGUGCUCGACGAUUACUGUUAUCCUACAGAAAAGUCUUCACAGCUGAUCUCACCUGUCCCUGCUCAGUGAUGUCAAACGGCUUUCCUGCCUGCUGAUGUCAGUGGGCCGUUCCUGCGUCGGUGAGUCACACACUUUGCUGUGUUGUGUGGAUACGCAAUUUGUGAGGCAGAGUAUUAUUUGUGGCAUCCACCCUUGUUGCUAUCUGAUUUACUAGGUCUGUCACAUUAUGGGCUUGGAGUGUGUGUGUGUGUGUGUGUGUGUGUGCACGUGUGUAUGUGUAGGCAGUGUGGAGAGCUUUAUAUAGCCACGCUUAUCCAGGAAGGAGGAAUGCCCUGGAUGCCACUGACCAUAUUUGAACACUGAGUCUGCUGCAGAGUGCACGCAGCAAAGCGAAACUGAGACACACUCACUCACCUCCCAGCAGUUUGUGUGCGUGUGUUGUAGUUGUACUGCUUCUCCACUAGUAGGCAAUGUAACACUUUGCGCUACACAGCUAGGCCAUGCCUCCGACACACAGUAACCCCCCCCCCCCUCUUUUUCCAGCACUUUCUGGUUUCUUCUCAGUGACAACUACCCAGCUGACUUACCCACUGACUGGACACACGCUCUCAUCUUUACUCCUCAUCUUCUGCGUCCAAAGGUCACGGCACGGGUCGAGCGUGCACACUUUUGGGGGGAGAGUGUGUACGCUGGAGUGUGUGUGUGCGUGUGUGUGUGUGUGUGUGUGAGCCAGUAUGCCAUGUCGUCCCCUGGCUCGUCGUUUGUGCAGAUAAAGCACGAGGACCUGCUCUUCUAUGAGAACUGCGGAGGAGGCAGCUUUGGGAGCGUCUACAGGGCCCAAUGGAUAUCUCAGGACAAGGAGGUGGCAGUGAAGAAGCUUCUGAAGAUUGAUAAAGAGGCUGAGAUUCUCAGUGUCCUGAGUCAUAAGAACAUCAUUCAGUUUUAUGGAGCUGUGCUGGAAUCUCCCAACUAUGGCAUCGUCACAGAAUAUGCCAGUGGCGGGUCUCUGUAUGAGUACCUGUCCAGUGAGCAGAGUGAGGAGAUGGACAUGGAGCAGAUCAUGACGUGGGCCAUACAGAUAGCUAAAGGGAUGCACUACCUCCAUGCAGAAGCUCCCAUCAAAGUCAUCCACAGAGACCUCAAGUCACGCAAUGUGGUCAUGACGGCAGACAGAGUGCUCAAGAUUUGUGACUUCGGAGCAUCAAAGUUCUUGUCCCAUACUACCCACAUGACGGUGGUGGGCACCUUUCCCUGGAUGGCUCCGGAGGUUAUUCAGAGCCUGCCUGUUUCUGAGACCUGUGAUACUUACUCCUAUGGCGUGGUGCUCUGGGAGAUGCUGACUCGUGAAGUACCUUUCAAAGGCUUUGAAGGGCUGCAGGUUGCAUGGCUGGUGGUGGAGAAACAAGAGAGGCUUACCAUUCCCACCAGCUGUCCAGCAAGUUUUGCAGAGCUGAUGAGGAAGUGUUGGCAAGCUGAACCAAAGGAGCGUCCACAGUUUAAACAGGUGCUGGUAACCUUGGAGACCAUGGCUAACGACAGUCGGCUACCUGACCAGUGCAACUCCUUUCUACAUAACAAGGACCAGUGGAGGUGUGAAAUUGAGUCCACCCUGGAGCGCCUUCGUAAGCUGGAGAGGGAGCUCUACUCCAAGGAGAAGGAGCUGGAGGAGCGUGAGAGGAGGCUACGGCUGUGGGAGGAGAGGCUGAUGGAGCGGUCCAGCAUGUCUCCCAGUCCCACCUCCUUACUGAUGGAUGGCUCCAGCAUGUCGCCACAGUUCUUCACACCGCUGUCCAUCAGUUCCACUGGUUCUUCUUUCUUCCGUUCACACUCUCAAGACUCCAACAGUGCUGGGGUCAGCAGUGCGGGGGUCAGCUGCCUACUUCGCACUCUCAGCAACGGCGACAGCGAGAGGGGGAGUAGUGCUGUUCUGGAGAGGGGGGUGGGCUCUCUGGACAGCGGGCGGCUGCACGUCAUGCUCCGAGGUUUGCAGGGGAGGUUCGGAGAGGAGGACAAGGAAGACGAGGGCACCCUGGAGGAGAAAGGUUGGGGUCAGAGAGAUGAAGGAGGGAGCAUGGAGGGAGGACGAGUGCAGGUGACACUCCGGAGCUUCCCAGGGGGGAGGCUGGAGAGGGAGGAGAGGACGUGGGAGGAAAAGGACAUGGAGAGAGGGGGGAUGCAGAGAAGCAGGGUGACCACCAUCGUCAGAGGCUACUCGGGGGGGUUUGGAGAGGCAGAAGGCGAGAAAGAGGCAGAAAAAGUGGAUGAGGGAGGACUAGAAGGAGGGAGGCUUCCAGCCAUGUUUAAGGGUCUCCAUGGUAGCUUAGGGGGCUUGGGGAACAUGCUGUCCUUAGACAUGGAUGACAUGGGGGAGAUGGACGACAUAGGGGACCUGGGGGUCAUGAAGGUCAGAAGCGAGCUGGGGGUGAGGGGUCAUAGGAGCGACAUGGUGGUCCAGGGAGUCCGAGGCGACCUGAGCGAGGCCAUCAGCCAAAAGAUCAGAGGCGAGAUGGGGGUGGUGGGUCACUCGGGGGUGCAGGUGAGCAUGCGGGCCUCAUCCAAUCAGAACUCUGUGAAAAGCUGCAGCGUGCGACAUGGUUCCAAAAUCAACAUGGCCACCGCCGCCAUGGACAUGAUGGAGCUGGACUGGUCUGACAGCGAUUAGGAGAGACGUGACGACACCAAGGCCGCACCACUGUUGGUCUUGACGUGCAAAAAAACACUUUUGUUCAAAUGUUCUUUUUGUAUCAAAGCAGUGUAGACUAAACCGUUGCGUACUGUAUGUGCUGCCAAGUGGGAAGAAACACUUCACCUGUGUAAUUUACUACUACAUAACACACUGUAACAAGUGACUGACAUUGUUUUUCUUGGCUUAGUACGUAGAUUUUAGACAAACUGUGAUGUUGUGUGGGAAUUUUUGGCAUUUUCAUUUUUCAAUAAAAAGACUGAUACAAAACAACCAUGCAGCUCAGGAGGCUCUUAUUGGUAAGAACGCGGUCAAAUUAAGUGCAUAGCUGUAGACGCCCACGACGUACCCCACCGGGCAUCCUCCAACUGAUUCUAUGCCUGCUGUACAGCCGAACAUGUCAAGUCA